GUUUCAAGUUCAAGAGUGAGAAGAUGCGGGACGUGAUUUCCGACAUCGUUCGCUCUCGUAUAUAUAUCACAUCGACGAUAUCGCGGCACAUAGUCGAUAGCCUUAUUCGAAAAGUGUUCACGACGAGAAUGUCCCCGCUCAAAGAACAGCUUUCCCAUAUAGAGGGUAACGAUAAAUAUUCGCUUAGUAGAUCAAUGAGAGAGAAGGAUUCGCCCUACUGGGACAUACGCGCACAUUUCAAUGAUGACGAGAAAAGGAACGAGUACGAAUUAGGCGCUUACGGUUACGGCAAGAACAAUGUCAAGUUGUUGUACGUGCGUCGGAACGACGAGUUGCGCCACGAGAUUCGUGAAUACGAGGUCGACACGCACCUGCGUCUGGGCUCGCAAAAGGAUUAUCUGGAGGGUGACAAUCGCGAUAUCAUCGCGACGGACAGCCAGAAGAACACGGUCUACCUUAUGGCGAAGAAACACGGCAUCCACUCGCCCGAGGCGUUCGCACUUCUGCUCUGCUCUCAUUUCCUCUAUACGUAUGAACAGGUGGCGGAAGUCAGCAUCAACGUCGAGGAGUACCCGUGGGCCAGGUAUCACGUUGACAACACGCCGCACAAUCACGCCUUCAUCAUGUGCCCCACCGCGACGAGAUUCUGCCAAGUCAGCCAGCUUCGAAAUGAAUCACCACGAAUACGCGGUGGAUUAAAGGGACUGCGAGUAUUGAAGACCACGCAGAGCUCGUUCACUGAUUUCAUUCAGGACGAGUACAGGACGUUGCCAGACAUGAACGAUCGUAUUUUCAGCACUGUCGUAACGGCGACUUGGGAUUUCUCUACUGCCACCGGCGUGGAUUUCGAUACCGUGUGGUACAUGGUGAAGAAUUGCAUUAUGCAGAAUUUCGCAGGCCCACCGGACACGGGAAUCUAUUCACCCAGCGUGCAAAAUACUCUUUAUCUCACAGAGAAGAGUAUACUCGAUAAAGUCAAGCAGAUUUGCAGCAUCGAGAUGCAGAUGCCGAACAAACAUUACUUCGAUAUGGAUCUCAGCAAAUUCACUAAAGUUAUACAAGGGCAGAACAAGGAAGUUUAUUUGCCUAUAGAUAAGCCGUCGGGUAUCAUUUAUGCUCGAUUAAACAGAAAAAGUUUCUCUGCAAAAUUGUAAAUAUGUGUGAUUAUUGAAUUACUAAUAAAGCUUAAGUUUUCUACAGU